AUGAUCUACCCAAUUUCACAACUCCUUAUUACUAGGAUUCUACUAAUAGCAUGCCUCUUCACCUUGGGAGACGCGUUGUCAUUCCAAAAUGUCACCCAACCACUGCUAAAAUAUAGCUCAUUCGGCGAUCGAAUAGGCUUUUUUGGAUCAUUUGCUGCAUCUAGCUUUUACAGCCAUAUAGGAUCAUCGGAUUCUUUGUCCUUGCCCUUGUCAUCAUCAUCAUCAUCAUCUUCUUCUUCUUCUUCGAAUCUACAGGGGUCGGAUAAUAAUGCCAAAAGAGAUGAUGAUGGUCUGGGAAGCUCCACCAACAACUCAAAUUUAUAUUUGCAGGACAAUGGCAGCGGAUCAAGUUUGAAAUUUGGCCAAGUCAAUGGUGAAAUAAAGCAAAUUUUAAGAAUCUCGGACGAUGAGAUUGUCAUCAAUGGUGAUUUUGACUCAUUCAAUGGAGAAUCAAUCAAGAGCCCUUUUAUUUACAACAUCACUUCAAACUCAACCACAACCAUAAUCUCGGAUAGUGACAAAUUAAAUGGAACUGUAAACACCGUUUUUGUUGACGAUAAUCUUAUAUAUCUAGGAGGUAACUUUACAUUCAAUAGUACGGUUGGUGUCGCAAUCUACAAUACCAGCUCUAGCAAACUUCAAUCAGCUUUAUUUCAAGGAUUUGGUGAAAAUGCAACAAUCAACACCAUCACUAAAAUUGUGGCUUCUGGUGACGAAAAAGAUUCCGACGGUCAAGGCUCGAUUAUAUUUGGUGGCAAAUUUGAUACCCUUGGUUUAGCAGACUUGCUUGUACACAACAUCACUACAAAUAGUACCAAAAAUCAUAAUCUGUCUAAUUCAUCGAUUGUUAGUGCAGAACAGUUGAUUCCUUUACGGCAUGGUGUUUUUACUUCUGUGAAUGGUGCCGAUAAUGCCGAGGACUCACUCGUCAUUUGUCCAUCAGACAGCAAUGAAUGGGCAGCAACAGCAGGUUCAGGUGCUGAAUGGAAGGUUGAAUUACCUGAUGAAAUGAAGGGAAUUGUUCCAACAAAGGCAAGAAUCUACAUACCAGAUAGUAGUGAUGGAGUCAAAUUGUUCAGGAUUUAUACCUUUCCAAACAACGGUAUUAUGAAUUUAACAUAUAUUGACCCCUCUACUAAUGAAGUUGCUCAUUGUGAUGCAUGGUGUCCAUUAACUGCAUUUGAUGACUUGAAUGAGUAUGUUGAUAGAAACAGAGACAAUGCAACAGAUUUGAAUGAAGACGACGUUUUUGUCGAUGAAGAAGAUGGAACCUUUUUUAAAUAUUAUGAUCCCGACACUAUGACGAAAAAUUUGGGAUACGGCUCAAACUUCCAAGAGUUUGCAUUCGUUAACGAGGUUGGUAUCGAUUCAGUGGGUCUCACUAUAUUGGAAUGGUAUGGUGACCAAGGCGUUUUUAGUGGGUUUGAAUUGUACCAAGACGCCAUAACUGUUUAUGGUAACAAUACCUUGAAUGAGCCAAAUUGUGAUGACGAGUUUUCCAAGGAAAACAAUAACUAUGCUGAAAUUGUUGCAGGUGACUUUCAGUCUGCCAAGUCCGUCUAUUCGCAAGUCACAAAUACAGAUUACCUUGUUACGUUUGAUACCGAUGCCAAGAUUGUGCUUUACCCAAAUAUCUCGUACUCUGGUGAUUACUCUAUCAUUAUGAAUACCCCAGGAUGCGCAACUGAUAACACAUGUUUGCAAAGAAGUAUUGUUAAUGUCACUGUUAUCGAUGGAAAUAAUCUGGUUUUAUCGACGGACUUGAUUUAUCAAAACAACGAGAAUUACAAAUUUGACUAUUUGUACUAUGGUCAUCUAACUGCUGGCGAUCAUGCCAAUCGUAUAGAAGUAUCGUAUCACGAUUCCAUUAAUGCAGAUACUGCAAACCCAAUGAUGGUCGUUGACAAGGUUGUCGCGGAUAUUGUUUCUUUGGACAGUUAUUACGAGAGAAAUUCGACAAACAACACUAAAUCAAACUUGCGCUCCUAUUUGACGUAUACUGAACUCAAUGGUUUAUUUGAGUACUCUCUCGCCAACUUCACUGAUUUUGAUGAGAAUUUGGUUCAUUACAAAGUCAAUAAUAAGACUUUAAUUAGUUUGAAUAACACAUUCGUCGGAAAUUCCUCAAUCAACGUACUUAGUGGUCGGUUCUCAAACAAUUCAGAGAUUAACGAAAUUAUCGUUACUGGUACUAAUGCCAACGAUCAAAAUUACUUGAAAAUCUUGGGCAACUUCGAAUCAGAUAGUAAAAAUUUAACAUUGACCAAUAAUAAUAUCGUCACCUUGAACAUAUCUUCCUACAAUUCAACUUUGAAUGAAACCAAUAUCAACCUUCUUACUUCCUUGAAAAGAAAGAGCAAAAGAGAUACACAAACUAUUUCUGGAGUAUCUUUCAACGAUACUAUAGUGAAAAUAGCUUCUGUGGGCGCUGGUGUUGUAUACCUUGGUCAAUUUUCUGCUACUGGUUCAGAUGAAUUUAAAGACUUGUCUAACAAGAAUGAAUCGACAUCGCAAGCCAACAAUUUUGCAUUGUUAGUGAAUAAUCAAUGGUAUAGCUUUGGUAAUGACUUUGUUGACGCGUCAUUUGAUCAGUUUACAAAUGCAACGAUUGAUGGCACCGAGUAUUAUAUUUUCUCAGCUCAAGGAACUAUAUUCAAAACAUGGGACAAUUCAAAUUUUACAUGGUCUGAUCGUCAGCUAAACCUCACACAAGCCACACAAUUAUCUUCAACGCAGCAAAUUUUAGGCGGAAGCGGCUUUAACAUCAUGGACAUUUACUCACAGGACCAAGCGUAUAUCCAAAAUGCCAAGUUUGAUAAAUUUGGAAUGAACGUUGAGGCGAGUGGCGGUAAUCGAUCCUCGUUCAUCUCUGAAUCUUUUUAUGUUAAUGACACUUUAAGUAUUGUUGCGGGAAAUUUUGUCUCUGGAGAUGUUGAAAAGAUUGGCAUCUUGAACAAUAGUGAUCCAACAAACUCAAUCACAAUACUUCUGGAAGAUAUUAAAUGGGAUAAUGAUACAGUGAUUGAAACGUUGUACGUUGACAGCACUGGUGACUACUUAUUUAUCGGUGUAAAUGGAUCUGUUGAAAUCAACAAUGAUAAUGUUACUGGAAUUGUGAUUUACGACUUGGUUAACAAUACAUUUAUGUCUAUACAACCAGCCGCGCUUUCAAAUAGCAAUGGUGAUCCAAUCCACAUUAACUCGGUCGUAUUGUAUGACGAUGACGAUAAAUUACUUGUUGGUGGCGAUUUCGAUACCGCUGGUUCGCUUAGCUGUCCAUCACUUUGUGUUUAUGACUUGGUCAACACGAGAUGGAUCAACCCACAAAGUGAUGCUGAGCAGUCGACUUCGGUCUCAGGUGUUGUUACAGAUAUGAAGUUUUACCUGUCGAAUCGAGUUUUGAUUGCUGGAACGAACCUCACGUUGAGCAAUAAGGAUGUUACAUUCAUGACCUAUAAUUUUAACAAUGGCGCUUUCGAUACUAAAUCCUCGUUAAAUAAAUUAAACAAGGGAGUCAACAGGUUUAUUUUAAAUGAUCGCUCUAAUAGUGAUUUGAGUGGCAGAAUGAUUGCACUUGGCAAUGAUUAUAUUGCUGGUUUUGAUGGGGAGAAUUGGAGCAAUAUCGAUUCUGGAGUAGACUAUGAUACUAACUUUUACACUUUUAAUGACAUGAAAUUGCUCACGUUGCAAAAGUCAACGUCUUACAACCAAACCUACUUUGACGAUGACAAGAUCCUAUUGGUUGCUGGGACAUUUACACUUGAUGAAUAUGGGCUUGUCAAUAUGGCGUUAUUCAAUGGAACAUCCUGGAUUCCAUACGUUUAUACUACUUCGGUUGGUGACGAAUCCCAAAUCGGAGAUAUUCAAACUAUUUUGAUUAAUGAUGCAUACAGAUUCCAAUCGAGUGACGAUUUGAAAAACUUGAACAAGUACUUGUCAAAAGGUAAGGUUGUUGGUAUCUCCUUGGCAUGUGCCUUGGGCUCAACAGCGCUUUUGGGAUUAUUGUACAUCAUUCCGUACUUUGCCCUACUCAAGAAUAGAAAAGGUUACGUGCAACGAAUCCACGAGCUGGAUAUGAUGCAAGCCGUCAACCCAGAGGAUCUUCUACACGAAAUUGAUUUGCAGAGAGAAAAGUAA